AUGGAUCGGAACUGUUCCUCCAUCUCACGCCUAUGUGGAAGAGGAGAGACACGUGCAAUACGUGGCUUGCUGAUACACCCGAUUCAUCGAUUUGAUACGGGCAUGAAAGCAAAUGCGGUCUCUAAGUUUAAGCGAUUGUUUGUUGAGUUCUUGGUGUGUGAUAAAAGACACAAAACAUUUGUAACACAACGGAUAUUUAUUUUGAGAAGAUUCUCACCGAUUGAUACCAGUUCGGGAACUUGAAGUCGUAAAAGACGACUCAUUUCCUCCGAUUUGCGAAGUCGUUCCUCAAAACGUCCGGAUUUUCUCCGUCGUACAUACUGAAGGAAUUCUCUAGGUAAUGCAAGGAUUCAAAAGCAACGUAAACAGGUGUAUUGGCAAAUAAACCAUUCCAUAAGGAACAAAGAAGAUGAACAAUACCCAAGAGCAAAGAGUGACAAGACUGGGUAUUGCAUAUCGGAUAGAAAUGGUAUAGUCGCCAUCAACAGUAGUUCCAUUUCUUUCUAGAAAAUAGUAGAGCAGAGCGAGAAUCGAUGUGAUUCCUAUUGACCCUACAACAAGAAUAAGAACGGUGACGGGUUUUGAUAGUUUUUGAGAAAAGGUGGAGUUAGGGUGGAGCAGUGAGUGCAACAAUUGUGGAUAUAGCAGCGAAGCUUCGUUUUCGUACAGAAAAACGCAAACAGGUAGAAUACAGACAGCAAGCAAAAUUAAUGCAUAAUACACACCAUUCCAUAGCAUAAGCAUGCUACUGGAAUCACACGUAGAGUCCCAGUUCUACACUUCACUUGACGGGGGGUUAAAACUCCACAAUC